AUGACUGUCGCUGUCGCAAACCUGGCUCAGCUACGCAAAGAGCUAGGCGUCGAAGGCCAAGCCCUGCUUGACUACGCGCCGCACUCAAAGAUCAGAUAUGCACCUCAGACACAUGACCAGCGCGCUGUCCCUUUCAAGCUUCUGUUUGGCCAGAUCACCGACAAGUAUACCAAGGAAUUACUACAUGUCUGGAUAUUGCUAUACCCACCAAACAAAGAACGUGGAAAUGCGGAGGUGCAGUUUCACUCAUUAGAUCCUGAGAUCAGGCACGACGACAGUAACAUCAGCGCUACAAUCACCACGAUUGCCGAUGCCUUCAAAACACCAAGGAGAGGUUCGAAGAACAAGUAUGUAGCACUGGCAAAGUACUACUUUCUUAAUAUUAUCAUAUCAAACUGGACGAGACAGGAAAGCGAAUAUGACCUAGCAAUACCAAUACCCAUCACGAAGAGUCUUACCGACGCGCUGAAGACCGCUUGCCGCGAGUUUGAGGCGGAGGCAAAAGCCAAUCUCUCGGACACGCAGUCGCGAUCCCAAUCGGCAACGCUUGUGGAUGAUGAUGAGGAUAGCGUUCUUAGUGAUGCUCCAGAGGAUCCGCUUGAGCCCGCCCAGCCGAUCAUUCCUGCAACGGUACCUGCUUCUACCUACAGCGCUUCAGCUUCUCAGUUGGUCGAAGAUCUCACCAAACUCCAGCACGAAGAAGUUAAAAUCCUAGAUUCCCAGAGCACGAUAGUAGCACAGAUAGCGGCGUCGAAACUUGCCCUACAAGAGAUAGGCGAGGCACUUCGGGAGGAUGAAGAGAAGAAUCGAGGGAUUGAAGAGAAGCUGAAAGAGAUUGGUGCUCGUCGAGAACAGUUAUUGGAGGGCAUGAGUGCCAUGGAAGCUACAAUGAAGAUGUUGCGCGGGCUCGUGAGCCUUGCGCUCGCGUCCGUCUACGCACAUCAUGCGGCAGCACGAGCAGUAAACGGAAACCCACGCAGUCUAAUCGUGGAGGAGCGGGCACCGCUGCAAGACAUUGUAACGUGGGACGAGCAUUCGCUCUUUGUUCACGGCGAGCGUGUCAUUUUCUGGGGCGGCGAAUUUCAUCCUUUCCGCCUUCCCGUUCCAAGCCUUUGGCUAGACGUCUUCCAGAAAAUCAAGGCUAUGGGAUACAAUGGUGUUUCUUUCUACUCUGCGUGGGUUAUCCAUGAAGGCAAGCCGGGAGACUUCCGUGCUGAGGGUAUCUUUGACUGGGUUCCCUUCUUUGAGGCUGCGAAAAAAACCGGAAUCUAUCUCAUUGCUCGACCCGGCCCAUACAUCAAUGCCGAAGUAUCGGGAGGUGGCUUUCCGGGAUGGCUGCAGCGCAUCUCUGGUAAUCUUCGGACGCCAGAUGAGGACUAUCAGGCAGCCUCCAAGAACUACAUCGAAUCGAUAACACCCAUCAUCGCGAAAGCGCAGAUAACUAACGGUGGCCCAGUUAUAUUGUUCCAGCCUGAGAACGAGUAUUCCAUGGGUGCGAAUAACGUAACAUUUCCUGACGCAGAUUAUAUGAACACACUGAUGCGCCAAUUUCGGGACCUUGGCAUUGUGGUGCCUUUCAUCAACAAUGUUGCUUGGCCUAAUGGCGUUAACGCGCCUGGCACAGAUGCCCCGGUUGACAUUUACGGCCAUGACUCGUAUCCAUUAGGCAUGAACUGUACUGAUCCUACUUACUGGAUCGAUGAUGCUUUGCCCACAAACUGGAGGGAGACACAUCUCAAUCAGAGCGCAAGUACACCAUACACAAUUCCAGAGUUUCAAGGCGGGGCGUAUCAAAGCUGGGGACAGGACGGUUUUGAUCGUUGUGCCCUCUUCACAGGAAAAGAGUUUGAGCGCGUAUUUUACAAGAACAACAUCGCUGCAGGGCUUACAAUAUCGAAUGUGUACAUGACAUUUGGUGGCACCAACUGGGGCAACUUGGCGGGUGCUGGCAACUACAUGUCGUACGAUUACGGUGCAGUCAUUACAGAAGAACGUCAGGUACAUCGUGAGAAAUACAGCGAAGCCAAGCUGAUUGCACACUUUGUGCAAGCGUCGCCCGCGCUAGCUUCAGCAGUACCUGGAUACAAUACCACAGGAGUCUACGCGACCAACGAGGCCAUCACGGUGACGCCGCUCAUUGGCGAAAAGACCAGGUUUUACGUCGCACGCCAAACGAAAUACAACUCCCUCGCAUCAGAGACAUACAAGCUUACGGUUCAAACCAGUCAGGGCAACAUCACAGUACCGCAGCUUGGAGGGGAGUUGUCCAUCAACGGUCGUGACUCAAAGAUCCAUGUUGCAGACUACAACAUAGGCGAAUUCAACUUGCGUUACUCCAGCGCCGAAGUCUUUACAUGGAAGAUCUACCAAGAAAGAACAGUUCUUAUUGUGUAUGGAGGCAUGGGUGAAACCCAUGAGUUGGCCGUCGCUGAGACCAGUGGAGCAACAGCAGUGGAGGGCUCAGGUGUCAAGUUCUCGAAUCGCAACGGCAACACCAUCUUGCACUGGACCACUAGUGAGAAUCGUCGCACGGUACGCGUCGGUUCGGAUUUGUACAUCGUCAUACUCGACCGCAAUUCUGCAUACGAUUACUGGACCGUGAGUACGUCACCAGAAGGUAGCUACUCCCAUGUCGCGACACCAUCUAGCGAUCUUAUCGUCCGUUCUGGCUACCUUGUUCGUAAUGCUACGAUGACAGAUGCGGAUAUUCAUCUUUCUGGCGACGUCAAUGCAACAACAGAUGUUGAGGUACUUGGGGGUGCCCAUGCACAUAGUGGGGGGCUCAUCUUCAACGGAGUUUCGAUCCAGUCGAAGCUCGAUAGAAACGGCUUCCUGAAGGCUGCUGUAGGUUUUCAAGCUCCUGCUCUCCAGCUACCGAGCUUGAGUACUCUCGAUUGGAAAUACACGGAUGCGCUACCUGAACUCGACUCAUCGUACGACGAUUCGAUGUGGACGGCUGCCGAUCGCACGGAUACCAACAAUACGUAUUGGCCAUUGACCACCCCAGCCGUACUCUGGGGCUCUGAAUAUGGGUACAAUACGGGCUCAUUGAUAACUCGCGGACACUUCAUCGCGACAGGCAAUGAGGAUGUGAUUCAUCUCAAUGUCUCCGGAGGACCAGCGUUCGCUUUCUCAGCCUGGGUAAACCAGACCUUUAUCGGAUCGUGGCCGGGAACUAAGGAUGCGGCCAUCGCCAACAUGACACUAAACAUGCCCGUACUGCAUCGCGGCGAGCACUAUGUAUUGACAGUGUUGAGCGACCAUAUGGGACAGUAUGGCAACUGGUUUGCUGGAUACAACGAGAUGAAGACACCGCGUGGCAUCAUUGGAUACAGCUUCCCAGGUCACACCCCAUCUCCUUUCAAUGCGUCGCGACUCGAUGAUGGUAUCAGGUGGAAGAUAACAGGCAAUCUCGGGGGUGAAGACUACUCGGACAAGUCGCGCGGCCCGCUCAACGAAGGCGCUCUUUGGGUCGAACGAAAAGGUUACCAUCUCCCCUCAGCACCCACUUCAAAUUGGGUCGAUAGCGCCGGUCCAGGUACUGGUUUGUCACACGCUGGCGUCUGCUUUUACAGUACUACCCUUCCCCUCGAUAUACCCGGCGGCUGGGACAUACCUCUAUCUUUCAUCUUCAAUGGCGACGCGUUCAAUGGCCAAGGUCGAGGGUGGCGCGCCCAGCUCUGGGUUAACGGAUAUCAAUUCGGGAAGUUCGCAAACGGUAUCGGACCACAGCGACGAUUUCCGGUACCCGAGGGUAUACUGAACUAUCGCGGCGAUAACUACAUUGCUGUAAGUAUUUGGGGACUUGAGUCUGGGGCUGUGAAACCUACGAGCAUCGAGUUGGUGGCUGGUAUGCCGGUGCAGAGUGGCUCAAUCUUCACGACCAUGGAAGCUCUGCCUCCUCGAUCCGCUAGCAACCCUUCCCUCGACAAGCUCUGGCGCGACCUUGGAGAAGACGCGGCUCUCCUGAAAUACCUGCCUUACAGGCGCGCCACCUUUGAGUCACAGAAUGAGAUCCCCGAAGCAGCACCCGAGCGACUCCUGUAUGGCGACAUGCUCAAGAACAAGGAUCAGCUCUGGAUCUAUUUUACCCUCAAUUCCCAUCAUAAGCAAAAGAGCAACUACGCGAGUAUGUUGACCUUUCAGACCAUCAAGGGCGCUACAAAUCACGAGGCGAGUGUGCGUCCAGGUACAGUCCCAAAGGUUGCACUAGCAUCACGGGUAUUCAAGCAUGCACAAGGUUACCAAGCAUUCGAGGCAGUAGCCAAAUACUUCUUCAUUCAAAGAGGUAUCGACAAGCAACUCCAGUUCCCAGUAUCGUCCACACCUUUUCGAGACAGUCUUGUGCGCGUGUGCCACCAUUACAAGGACGUGUACAAAGAGUUGAAGAGCAUAGGUUCAGCAAGCCGGCGUUCAUCGAUCAUGACUACUGGCGGUAACCAUGAGAUGGAUCCUGCGCGACCCCACGGCUUUCAAGAGCCCUCGCGCGCGGCUUCAGAGGCUCCCUUCCUAGGUCAUUCUUCGUCAGCUUCUUCGAUGCUUUCUCCAGUCCAGUCACGACUGUCAUCAGGAGCGCUGUCGCGCGGCUCGUCUCGGGCUAUGAGCCUGAGUGGCGUCGAGGGUCGUAAGCGCCAGCAUAGCGCAAGUCCUGACCAACCCCAGUUUUCCAAGCACCAAGAGUCUCAUAAACAGCCAGGGCGAAGCAACGCGAUCGAGGACAAGGCCGGCGGCUUUUCUUCCUACUCACAGCCACCUUCGCCAUUCCUUGUGACUGCUCCGCCUCUUCUUCCCGAGCGUACCCUUGGGGAGAAUAUGGAAGAAGCUCAAGUCAAUGAGAGCAAUCUAGAGUCUGGACAAUCAGUGGACGAAGGCCAUCUGGGCGACAUCGAUCGAAACACCAUGAUGGAUCAGUACAUCGCGCUUAAGGCUCAGGAAGAAGAGCUCGACGGCAGGAUUGGUGACAUGGAGAUGAAGCGUGCUAAUAUCGCUGAUCAAGUCGCAGAGCUUCAAGCGGAUAUGAACGCGAUCGACGACCGCAAAGGAGACCUGGAAGGAGAGAAGGCUCGCGUGCGAGCGGAGAAGAGGAAGCUACGAAUUAAGUUGGACGAAGACGAGCAUCUUGACUUCGGCUUUGAAGCAGGACGGAGAAUGGAGGCUAAACGCCAGAGGAUGGAAUAA